GGGAUGAUCAUGGAGCGGGGGUGGAAGAAAAUAAUGGUGGAAGAUUGCCAUUUCAGCAAAUCAGGCACCAUGCCCACUGCAAGCUCUGCACUUAGUGUGAUUGUAUGCAGGAGAUGCAUACUAAGUACACUGCCACGCCAUCAGGCCUGGCGAGGCUGAGAGAUUCGCCGGUCGGACAUUUGGGCGCUAUCAAUUGAUGGCUUUCUCCCACUUUCCACCACCUGCACAGAAAAAAGCCCUCUCGAGACUGAUUCACCAACACCUGGGCAUAGAGACGCUUGUUCUGUUCAGUCAAUCUGUGGGAAGAGCCCAUCAUAUCCCUACAUCACCUCGCAUAGAGCAUCAACAACCGCAUCUCAUGCAAAACCCCCCGAAGCGGAGAAAACUCGACCUGGGAGAGAGUCUCAGGCGACUUUCCCACGAUGACUACACCAUCGGCUGGGUGUGUGCUCUUGCCACUGAGGCAGCGGCAGCAAUGGCCAUGCUGGAUCAGAUCCAUCCAGCCUUGCCCACUCACGCGCGAGACAGCAACUCGUAUACUCUCGGGUCCAUCGGCCGUCAUAAUAUCGUGAUCGCUUGUCUCCCCGCCGGCAUCUAUGGCACCACGUCAGCAGCCACUGUCGCCAGCAAUAUGUUCAUCAGUUUUGGAUCGAUUCAUCAUCUAGUUAUGGUCGGGAUCGGGGGAGGGGUGCCGUCUGCAUCGGUGGAUAUCCGGCUUGGGGAUGUCGUGGUGAGCAUUCCCACUCCCUGCUGCGAGGGCGUGGUGCAAUACGACUAUGGCAAGGCCAUCAGAAAAGGGCACUUCGAGCGCACAGGCACUUUGAAUAAGCCGUCUACUGCCCUUCUGACAGCAGUCAAUAACGUUCGGGCGGCGGACCUCCGCAAUGGCAGCCAGAUACCCGUCGUGAUAUCGGAGAUGUUGGCGCGUAAUCCGCAGAUGGUGGAGACGUUCACGCCUCCCGGCUCUCAGAGAGACCUUCUUUUUGCUUCAGAUUACGAACAUGACCCAGCUGAACCGACCUGCGAGUUUUGCGACCGUGAAAAACUGCUUAUCCGGUCGACACGCAGCUCUGAUCGGCCGGUUGUUCACUACGGCCUGAUCGCAUCCGGAAACCAAGUGAUAAAGCAUGCACAAACCCGCGAUUUGCUUGCAGCGGAGCUCAAUGGCAUAUUAUGUUUCGAAAUGGAAGCGGCUGGGCUGAUGGACAACUUUCCAUGUCUUGUCAUCAGAGGUGUUUCGGACUACUCAGACUCGCAUAAAAACAAGGACUGGCAGGGC